AUGGACAAGCUAACAGCAAAGUUGAUCACUCUAGCUGUCCUGAUCGUGCUGACUGUCAUAUUUAGUGUGAUUCCUUACUUUCUGGUGCUGCGGGGUUCAAGGUCACUUGUGCCUAACAGAAGACGAGACAAGGUCAUAGCUGCACUCAAUUGUUUCGGAGGAGGUGUCUUUUUGGGAACUCUUCUGCUACAUCUGAUGAUUGAGGGCAGUGCUGAAUUUGAUGCUUACAAGUCUAAAGCUGGGUGGAAAACUGAAUUUCCACUUUUCAACAUAUUUGUGGCUGGUGGUUUUUUUGCAGUGGCUUUCAUUGAGUACUUCAUGCAUUCACGUCUGCAUAAUAGGAAAUCUGGCAAGGUCAACUGCUCACCUUCAGCAGAACAAUCUCAGGAGCCAGGCGGUGUGUCUGAGGGACAGUACGGAGCUGUUGGUGGCCAGGGAAAGCCACUUGAGUCUAGAGCACGGUGUCCUACUCUCAACCAGAAAGCAGAUAAUGCAGAGUUCGGCCACCAUGAAUCUGACAGUUUGUUGCCUGGAAGGCACCAUCACAAUCACUACGAAUCUGCAGCCGUGAAGGCAGAUUGUGUUGCAGCAGAUGGUAACUCAAGGUCAAAGGUUACCGACACAAACUCUCAGGGGAAGCAUGGACACCAGAAUUGUGACAUCGAGGUCAUACACUCCGAUCCUGUCACAAUAGGUUCCGAGUCUGUGACGGGAAUUUCAGAAAUCAUUGCCGAGAUCCCGGAUGGACUACGAGCUUUCUUGCUUCUGUUUGCUUUGUCAUUCCACACGAUUUUUGAUGGUCUGGCAGUGGGUCUUCAGGACAGCAUCUCAGCAAUCUGGCAAGUGUUUACAGCAAUUGCCAUCCAUAAAAGCAUCAUUGCCUUCUGCCUGGGCUUGGAGCUCUUCAAAUGUCACCCUGACCAGCCCUGGAGAGCUUUUUCCUGGAUCUGCUUCUUUUCCCUCAUGUCGCCAAUUGGCAUUGGUUUAGGAAUUGGCUUAACUUCAGGUGGCAUUGAUGACCUAGCCAGACUUCUGUCCUCUAGUAUCUUGCAGGGUUUGGCAGCCGGCACGUUUCUUUACGUCACAUUUCUAGAAAUCCUUAGUUUGUAUAUUGGUCACAAUUGUCACAGACAUUUUUUGCAUGUCUUCUUUGCCCUGGUUGGAUUUGCCUUUAUGGCUUGUGUGAAAACUAUGGAUAAUAAUGAUUAA